GGGGUGGCCGCGCCGGGGCCAUGCUGGGCAAGGACUACAUGCUGGCCAUCGUCCUCGUCAACUGCGACGACAACCUCUGGAGUGACCAGAGCCUGGAGACAGACCCUGACCUCCCCCCGGGCUGGAGGAAAAUCCAUGACUCUUUGGGCACCUACUACUGGCACGUGCCAACGGGCACGACUCAGUGGCAGCAUCCCACGUGCACCACCAGCCCAGGAGGGUACCUGGAGGCUGAUGGAGAGGAGACACUCCAAGGAAUGGACUUCCAGGCCACCAUGGUGAAGCACUCAGGAAAAGACAGGCCCAUUCCCAGCCCCAUGGCUUCACUGUCUCGGAGGACCUCACUGCCCUGGCACGGAGAGGACUUCCAGCAGACUGAAGAGCCUGGAUCCAAGUGCUUUACUGUGCGCUCACUGGGCUGGGUGGAGAUCCCCGAGGAGGACCUGGCACCUGGCAAGAGCAGCAUCGCUGUCAACAACUGCAUCCAGCAGCUCUCCAACAGCAAGGGCCAGGGCUCUGUGGAGAACUGGGGUGAGGGCCAGGACCUGGUGAUGAUCCUGAAGAAGGACACCAUGAGCCUGGUGGAUCCCCUUGACCGCAGCCUCAUCCACCACCAGCCCAUUCUCAACAUCCGUGUCUGGGGUGUUGGCUGCAACCAUGGCAGGGACAGAGACUUCGCCUUUGUGGCCAGUGACAAGGACACCUGCGUCCUCAAGUGUCACGUCUUCCAUUGCAAUGUGCCCGCCAAGGGCAUCGCCAAAGCCCUGCACGAGAUGUGCUCCAAGAUCAUGGCUGAGCGAGCCAUAGCGAGCAGCAGGACAUCACGGGACACUGUGCUGGAGCCCAUCCCCAACGAGGACCUGCCACUGCAAGUGGAUGUUUUGGAAGCAGUGAGGCAGUCAAUGCAGACAUACGAGGCGCUGUACAUCGGCAGCCUGCCCGUGCCCAGGGCCAUGGGGAUGGAUGUGCUGAAUGAGGCCAUCGAGAAGCUGACGCAGGGCCCUGGGCGGGAACACUGGAUGCCCUCCCUCAUCCGUGUCUCUGACACGGCCAUGAGGGUGCAGCCUGCACAGGAAGACGAGGAGGUGGCGCACAUUUGGGAGUGCCAGGUGCGGUACGUGACGUUCCUGGGGGUGGGCCGGGAUGCCCACACCUUCGCGCUCAUCGUGGACACGGGACGGCACUUCCAGUGCACCGCCUUCUGGUGCGAGCCAGACGCCGGCACCAUCUCGGAAGCGGUGCAGGCAGCCUGCAUGGUGCAGUACCAGAAGUGCCUGGUGGCCGCUGCACCGGGGGCUAAGACAAAGGCUCCGCCGGGCCGGGGCCGAGCCGGGGCGGCCGCCUCGGGGGAUGCUGCCGUCGGGGGGGCGAAGGCGAGCGUGGGCAGCGGCGGAGCGGCGGGGGCUGGAGCCCGCAAGCGGGGCCUCUUCUCCUUCCUGGAGACCUUCCGGCUCCGGCGGGCUCUCCUCCACACUCCAUAG